AUGGAUCGUGUAAGAGGGUUUCUUCUUGUUGUUUUCACGUUGUUUCUUCUUGUUGUUGAUGCUUCUGAUUUGGUUUUCCCUGUUGAGCGUAAAUUCAAAGGGCCUCAUCAGAGUUUAGAUGCAAUCAAAACUCAUGAUGCUAAUAGACGUGGUAGAUUUCUGUCUGCUGUUGAAAUUCCUCUCGGUGGCAAUGGUCUUCCUUCUUCAACUGGGCUAUAUUACACCAAACUAGGGCUUGGUUCUCCUGCUAAGGACUUCUAUGUACAAGUUGACACAGGAAGUGACAUUCUUUGGGUGAAUUGUGUAGGCUGCACAGCAUGUCCCAAGAAGAGUGGUCUUGGUAUGGAUUUAACCCUCUAUAACCCAAAAGCCUCCAUAACUGCAAGUGUGGUACCUUGCGAUGAUGAAUUUUGCACUUCCGCAUAUGAUGGUCCAAUUUCUGGAUGCAAGAAAGAGAUGUCAUGUCCGUACGGCAUAACUUAUGGAGAUGGAAGUACAACCUCUGGUUCCUAUGUGAAGGAUGCUCUUACAUUCGACCGAAUAAGUGGUAAUCUCAACACCACACCAGAUAAUAGCAGUGUGAUUUUCGGGUGUGGCGCAAAACAAUCCGGGACAUUGAGUUCAUCUUCUGAUGAAGCCCUUGAUGGUAUAAUUGGUUUUGGACAAUCAAAUUCUUCUGUACUUUCACAGCUUGCUGCAUCGGGAAAGGUGAAAAGGAUAUUUUCGCACUGCCUUGAUAGUAUCAAUGGAGGAGGAAUAUUUUCCAUAGGAGAAGUGAUGGAGCCAAAGUAUAACACUACUCCAUUGGUACCAAGAAUGGCACAUUACAAUGUGAUCUUGAAGGACAUGGAGGUUGAUGGGGAUCCUAUACAGCUCCCUACAGAUAUAUUUGAUUCUGGAAGUGGAAGAGGAACAAUUAUAGACAGUGGUACCACCUUGGCUUAUCUUCCAGCUUCAGUUUACAACCAGAUAGUAACGAAGAUUUUGGCUCGGCAACCGGGACUAAAAUUGUAUCUUGUUGAGGACCAGUUUACUUGUUUUCAUUUUUCUAAGAAUUUUGAUGAAGGAUUUCCACUUGUCAAGUUUUUCUUUGAGGGUCUUACUCUUACAGUUUUUCCUCAUGACUACUUGUUCUUUUAUAAAAACGAUGUUCAUUGUAUUGGCUGGCAGAAAAGUAACACACAGACUAAGGAUGGAAAAGAGCUGAUUCUUCUUGGAGAUUUGGUGCUGUCAAACAAAUUAGUUGUAUAUGAUCUUGAUAACAUGACAAUUGGAUGGACUGAUUUCAAUUGUUCCUCCAGCAUUAAAAUAAAGGAUGAUAAUGAGAGUGGAUCUGUAUAUACAGUUGGUGCAAAAGAUCUUUCUUCGGCUACCACUGUGUUAACUGGAAGAAUAUUGUCAUUCUUAUUGUUGAUUAUUGCCCUGCUAAGCACUUAA